AUGUAAUAAUAUAGAACUUUGUUCAUUAUUCUUUUUGAUUUGGUAGCAAUAUCAGACAGUGUUUAUACAGCAUUAUUACCAUAUUUUUCACCAAUGGCUAUAGAUAAGGGAUUUAGUGAGACAGAAAUAGGUAUUAUGUUAGCAUUUUAUCCUAUUGGAAGUGUAAUAGCAACGCCUUUUGUUGCUUUAUGUAAUUCUAAAAGAAAGGCAAUAUUAAUAGGAUUGAUAUAAAGUGCUAUAGCAACAAUAGGAAUGGGUAUUUCAAAAUUUACAGAAGAUGGUUUAUUUUUUGGAUUAUCAUGUAUUUUUAGAGUGAUAAUAGGAUCAGUAAUAAAACAAUAAUAUUAAAAUAGGGAGCAUCUUUUUUAUUAAUUCCAUCCUAUGCAUCAUUGCCAAUAUUAUAUAAGGAAGAUGUAACUUAAAAGAUUGCAAUAUUAGAAAUAGGUCAUUGUAUAGGUAGAUUAAUAAGUACAGGGUUUUUUACAAUGAUAGCUUAAUUAAUAUAGUUUGAUACUUACUAGCUUCCUUGUUAUGGAUUAUCAGCUAUAUAUAUUAUAAGUUAUUUGUUCACUUACAAAUAUUUUUAUUUACCUGAAGUAUCAGAAGGAAUAUCUCCAAAGAAAAUAUAAAAAGAUAAUUCUUAAAUUCAUUAAAAUGAUAAUUCUUAAAUUCAUUAAAAUGGUAAUUCUUAAAUUUAUUAAAAUGAUGAUUUAAAUUAAUCAUAAUAAUAACUCCAACAUAAAGAUGUAUUAAAUUAAUCUAAUUAAAAUGCUGAAGAUCAUCUUUAAAGACAUAACACAACUAUUAAAAAUCUAGAAGUUCCUUCACAGAAUAUUAUGAAAAAAUAUAGUUCUAAUGGUAAAAAGGCAAUAAUUAAAUGGUAAACUUAAAUACGAUAAAUUAUUAAAUAAAAAAGGGAAGGUAAAUAAUUAACUAUUCAUGAUUUUACUAAGAUUAAUAAUAAUUAAUAAUAAAUCAAUAAUUUAAAUUUUGAUAAAAGUGGUAUUAAGAUGAUGAAUAAAAACACUUAACUAGAACUUAAUUAAGAAUAAGGAGAUAUUGAGGAAGGUGACAGUAAAUUAGAAACCAAAGAUUAUAUUGAUAUUUUCAAAAAUAAAUCUUUGUAAGUAACAUUCAUCUUUUUUUUUUGGCUUUCUGCUUUAGAAAAUGGAUUAAGACCUUUUUUGGUUAGUUAUAUUUAUAUAUAUAUAGGCUAAUGAAUUAGGAAUUUAUUAUGAUUUAUCACAAUAUAAUAUUUCUUAUCUCUUUAUGAUUGCUAUUUUUACUUACUUAUUAUCUGCAAUCUUAGUAGCUCGUUAAACGUAUUUCUAAGAAUAAACACUUUUUAAAUUAGGUAUGUGGAUUUUGGGAAUAAGUUUUUUCUUUUAUUGUCCUAGAAUAUUUAAGCUUCCUCAAUUAAUUUACUUUAUUAUCUUUGGAGAACUAAUUAGAGGAAUAAGUCUAGGUAUUGGAUGUGCCUUAUUUAUUCCUAAUAUCACAGAUUCAUGUAUAGAUAAGAUUGGAAUAUGCAAAGCAAAUUUAAUAGGGGCUAAUCUAUAUUAAUUUGGGUGGUCUCUAGGGGAUAUUUUUGGUCCCAUUAUUUGUGGUGCAUUUGUUGAAUAAAUUGGAUAUGAAUUAACUACUCUAUGCUCUGGAUUUGUUAUCAUAGUCUUUACUAUUAUCUAUUUAAUUUUCAGAAAAAAUAAACAAUAUGUUGUUUAAGUCUCUACCAUUUCCACUAUAGAAAAUAUAAAUAACUAAGUCACAUUAAAUAAUGAUAAUUGA